AAAUGGCGGUGGCAAUGAGACAAUUUCGCCAUAUUUUGGUGAUUUUGUUAUUAUAGUCGAGCUUUACUUACUUCUAUUUUAUGCAUGGAUUAUUGUUUUAUUCUUGUGAAACUAAUAGUUUCUAUUGUGUAUGUAAACCGUAUUUGCCUGAUAUUUUAUAGUUCACAUUUUUAUUGUACAAAGGGUUCCUGGUGUCGGUAUAAUAUGGUUAUAAUCGGCUGUCAUUAUCAUUUUGUAUCCUAAUUAGUUUCUUUAUUAUUUUUCUAUGCCAUUUAUUAGAUAAACAGAAAAUUAUCGGUCAUGUAUUAUGUUGCUAAAAUAAGGUGGUCAUCGCGUCUUUGUUACUGUGUGCGUGUAGGAUUUAGAUUAUGCGUCAUAGGUAGGCACAUAGUACGUUCCAUUGUGCAUUAGUGUGUGUGAGUAUUAUACGUCUCGUGACCUCAAUGAAGGAAGGAUACAUAGAUAUCUUGCUGUUCUAGAAGGCUGACGUCAUUCGAACCGCGGCUAGAACGCAGCGCACAGCAAGAUAUUGUGAAAUGUGAACGGCCACCCUCCGCUUGCUUUGCUUGGCUGUAUCUAUCUAAAUUACUUGAAAGUAGUGGCUAUGAACAGUUACUCUACUGGUUUCUGCCAUACAUGUUGAAUUUAAACUGCGCAAAAUCUCUAACAUUGUGAAUAUUGGACAUUUAUUCCAAUGUUAAUUGUUCCAACGAAUAUUAGUGACACCUUCACGAUGGCAGAGUUGGCGACAAAUGUAGAUGAUUUAGAAGAUGGAGAGAUUGAGAGCGGAGAUGAAGAAACUACAGAAAAUGAAAAUCAAGUUAAAAAUGAAGAAGCCAUGCCAUUAAAUGAAGAAAAAAAAUCGCAAGACAAAUCAGAAUCGCAAGAAUUGUAUUAUCCUAGGUCAGGUAAGAAAAAGAAAUCAAAGUCUAAAGAGCAGAAAAAAGAAAAGAAUAAAAAGAAUCGUAGGUAUACUAGUCCUCCGGAGGAUGAUUUCGCUGGUAGUAUUGAGAAGGCUAUUAGAAAGGCUAUGAAUAAAAAUGAGGGGGAAGAGAUGCAAACUGAGGAUGAUGAAGAUCGGCGUAAACAUAAAAAACGAAAGAAACACGAUGUUAAGGAUGGUCCUCAUAAAAAACGCAAGAAACAAGAGUAUUCAGAUGAAAUGGAUGAAACAGAGAUGAUGUGCGUAAGAGGUGCGUCUCCUGUCCAAAGACAUUCACCUAUUGACAUGUACCCGGAUGAGGAUAGAGACUCUUACGCCUCUGACAGUAGUCGUGAGUCCCGUGAACAACAACAUCACCGUUCACAAAGACAAAGACAACGCGAUAGAAAUAAAAAUGAUAGAAAUAAUAAAAACGAUAGGAGAAGAGGUGCGCAUCCCAUGCAAGAUCCUGAUGGUGUUUGUUUAUAUUUCAUGCAGGGAAAGUGUCAUAAAGGCGAUGCUUGCAUAUAUUCUCAUGAUGCAAAACCUCCUAGAAAAAUGGAACUAUGUAAAUUUUAUCUGAUGGAUUGUUGUGCUAAACGAGAUAAAUGUCUGUAUAUGCAUGCAGAUUUUCCGUGUAAAUAUUAUCAUACUGGUCUUCCUUGUAUCUAUAAAGAUGAAUGUAAAUUUGCACAUGGGAAACCUUUGUCAGAAAAUAUAAAAAAUAUUCUUCUGAAACACAUAGAAUCUGCCCCUAAAGAAAUAUUAGGCGAUUUUCCUAGACUCAACAGAGAGGGGGCUUUAAAGAUGAUCCAAUCUACUCAAGCAAAGCUCAUGCAACAAUAUCCGGAGUCAACCGAGAGUCAUGAAAAAGGUAUUCCUUCUCUAUUCGAUUUAAAUAUACCUAAUCCGCAAAAUUCCGAUUCCAUGCUUCUAAACCAAUUUAAUAAUGAAAAACAAAACAAAAUAUCACCUAAAAUUCGGCAAUCUAGAUGGCAAAACGAAAAUACUAAUUUAAAUUUCAAUGCUCCAACAAGUAAUAAUACAACUUCAGCUAAUGUUCUAAGUAUUAAGAAUCUAACAGGUGUAUUAACAACCCGACAAAUAUCCGACUUGACAAAAAUGGGAAUUGAAAAUCUAGAUCAAUUAGGUCAACUCACAGUUUUACAAUUAAAUAGUAUAGGCCUUUCUUUAAAACAAAUAACUGAAAUACAACUUAAUACAAUGAGUAUUCAAAAAUUAGGAUUGAUUAAUGCAAAUGAGUCACAAUCACAACAGUUUAUCGGACAAACUAGUACAACAAAAGAUUUAGAUUUGAGAAUACCCCCCGGAAUUUCUACUUCGAAUAAUCCUUCAGUGUCAUGUGACUUUCCUGGACAGGAUAUUGACAUGCGGUUUCAGCCAUCUGUAGUAGUUAAUACAGUUGAAGAUAAACCGGACAAAUCAUCAACACAUGUAGAAAUACAAUCUAAUAAGGAUAUGAUAGAUAUCGAUCAGUACACAAAAGAUGCGCUUAAAUUUGCAUCGAAGGAUAAGGAAAAUAUUGAUAUUUCAAACGAAUCUUUUGACAAUGAGAAAGCCGUUAUUUCUAAUGAAUCAAAGGAUGUCGAUCACAGAGUUCUUCCUUUCUCUGAUGAUGCUUCACGAAUGCUACAUGCAACGGUUCCAGAUAAAAGUGCAAAGAAAGAGUGUGACACUGAUAUAAGAUUUCUUCAACCAGACCCUCUUUAUAUAAAAAAUGUCGAAAAACGGAAUCGUAGAUCAACUACAGAUGACGAAGACAAUCUUUUGAUUGAUGAGAAGUGGUAUUCCAGCGACGAAGAGAAAGGUAUGAAAAAGAAAUCACCAUUAUCGUCACCUCAACCAGCGUCUUUGUCUCCACAAGCCCCCGCGCCGCAUGUUAUUGAACCUUCAACUGUAUUAAGCAGGAUAGGCGAUCUUUCUAAAAUAGACAUAAGCGAAGAGGUUACAAAGUUGCUUAAUACAAUGAAAAAUAAUUUACAUGAAAAUAAAGUAGAAAGCAAUUCAGAAGGUAUUAGUUCACCUAAGUCUAGAGAUCCUAGGGCUAGAAGAUCACCGGAAAAAGUAACUGAUUCUAAUAAAAUAGCGCCUAAAAAGGUUUCCAGGGUAUCUAUUUACGAGUGUGUAGAUGGUGAGCCGACAGAUGGUCGUCGGCGUACGGAUGUAGACUUACGAAAACCAGAUUUUAAUAUUCCUAAUUUUGGUGAUACCGAUUUACGACAAGGAACUAGUGGAGACAUCGAUUUUCGUUUAGGAUUCAAACCCAUUCCCAACUAUACACCUGCUUCCGAAAUUAAUGCAUCGAUUAAUAAUCAUCCUCCCAUACAAUACAAAUUAGUACAGAUUUAUAUACCAAGGCCAGAUUACACAGAUAUUAGAAAUAGUACAGCAAAGUCGCAGGCGUUAGUGGACCCUAGGCUAAGAAAAGUAUUUAGAUUAUCUGUAGAAGAAUCAAAUAGUGACAGUGAAAAGUCCACCAAAUCAACGCUUAGCGGCCCAAGAGUUGAUCCCAGGAGAAAACCUAAAGAAACGAUUGAAAGUCUAGACCAGAAAAGUAAUACUUUAGAAAUUCAAACUAUUUUGCAAAAUUCUAAUUGGUAUAAGGAUUUAAGCUCUACUCAAAAGAUUUUUGUAAAUCAACAUUUAGCCCCAGUGACGCAAAUGAUAAAACAAUAUCAUCAAGAAAAAUCAUCAGGAAAAAAAUUCGAUCUUGUAUCUAUUCAAAAUAAUACUGUGCUAGGCAGUAUAUUUACGAAUCUGGGUAUAUCCCUUAAUGAAAAUGGUGAAUUUUCUUAUUUACCAAAACCUAAGGAAGCUUUACUUAAAACUCCAUUAAAUUUCCCUUCGAAUGCUAAUCCCUUCGGUUUGAAUUCUAAUAUGCCUGUGCCCCCCAACACAAUGGAUCCAAGCAACAUGAAUAUGAUGAAUAUUCCUCCAUUGGGCAUAGGGAACAUGAAUAACAUGAAUAUAAACAACAUGCAUGGUUUCAAUCAAUCUAUGUCUGAUCCACGAGGUGGUCCGGCUCCUGGUUUAUUGGGCAUAGCCCCCAAUAUUCCUCAUAAUUUUAAUAGCAAUUCAUUUGGUGCACCAAACAAUUUCGGAAACAUGGGUUUUAACGGGCCAGGUGCGGGUAAUAAUGACUUUAACUUUAUGGAGAGUGAACAAAAUUACCCUAGAUUUCCGAGCCGAGGUGGUCAUCGGGGACGAGGUAAUGACAGGUGGAACCGAGGAGGAGGGGGUGGCGGUAGAGGACAAAGGGAUCGAAAAAAUUUUAAUGAUCGUGGAAAUUGGAAAAAUGAUAGGAGUUAAAAGGUUGUACAUACGUUGCAUAACUAUAACGUAUGAAUGUAAGCAUAAUAAGUUAUUUUAGAAAGUAGAAGAACCCUUCCGCAUUGUACAGAAUGUGAUUAAGGUGAUAAUGAAUUAUUGACAGACUUAUAGUUUAUUUAGCUCAUUCUAUAUUAUAAUUAUUAUUAUGUAGGCUAGACUUAUACUAUUUUAUUGUACAAGGUCUCAUCUACUGUAAAUAUUUUUUACGUCGUAGGGGUACUGGAUCAAUUCUAAAAUUUAAUUAAACUUAAAAUAGUGGCAAUUAUAAGUAUUUAGUUACAAUUAAGUUAUAAAUUUUACUCAUUAUAAGAGCCAAAUGUUUUAAGACUGAGUGCAGAUUCAUGAUUGAAAUUUUUUGUUCUUUGGUAUAAGAUACGAUUAUUGCAAAAUAACGGCAUCAUUUUUGAGAUUUGAAACUACCUAAAGUAAGGAAACAAAUUCCAUGACUAGCUUUAGGUUUUGUUUAAAAGAGCUUAAGUAUGAUAAAAAUAAAAAAAUGUCCAACAAAUUCCUCAGUAAGAUAAAAGCAAUAAAGUGUCUAGAAUACUAAGUUGGCUUAGAUUGUUGAUAUGUAAAUUAUAUGUUGGCUGAUGAUAAGGAGCCUUGGGGUAGUAUUUACUGAAAAGGCCUACUCAAAAUAAAUUUAUGUUUAUAUAACAUUAUGUCUUAAUUUUAAACCUUAAACUGAACACCUAUUUACGUUGAUGUAUUUAUUAUAUAAAAGGUCUUUCCUUUAUGCCAUUUCUUUAUUAAUUAUCUAUAGAGAAAUUAGUGUUGCGACGCGUAACCAAAUCACUUGUUCUCUGGCAAUAAACCGUAAAUUUAUGUGAUUUUUAAAAUUGCUGGAAUAAAGUAAAAUAAAUCUAUAAUAACUUUUGAAGAAACCGCAAUGUGAUUUGUCAUUUGGAAUGUUUUGCAGUAAAUUGUAUCGUAAGUAUAAUUUAAUGAGAUGAACAUCAUUGAAUGCAAUAAAACUUAUUUUUUAC